AUGACUCAGAUCGUUGAUCUGCGCUCGCCUGAGCCUCAAGUCUUGUCUAACGUAGAACAGUAUGGUCAUGCUGCUAUACCCAAUCAGCCAGCAUCGACAGGCGUGAGAGCAAGCCAUACCGGAAUCAAGCGUGAAGCGAAUGAUGAUGGGGGAGAUGGAGCUCCAAAGCGCAUCAAGGGUCCACAUACAGCUGCUUCUAGGCCGGAUCCGUUCGUCGCAACAAUCAAUGCUGCUAUCGAGGAAUAUCGCGACAAGGAUGAGUCAGAAAAGCGUGACCUGCAAGAAAAGAUCACAGUCCUUGAAGCACAGCUACAGAAGGCCAAUGGGAGAAAGGUAGGGUCAGAAUCCUCUGGUGAAUUGUUCGAUGAUUCACCCGCCCGCCUGCGUGAAGCAUGUCAAUCAAACACGUCGCCAAUAAGUGUGGUCGAGGUCGACCUACUCCCGGUCAAUGACGCCCUUUGGACCAAGAUUCGCGACAAACACGAAGAGCUUUGCGACAAACAUGCAGAGCUUCUCCACAAGAACAAGUUGCUGGCUGAGAAGGAUGAAAGGCUUCAUAAGAAGAAUAACGAGCUUCGUCUUAAGAUCGCCGAUAUUCGUACAAAAGACGAACAGUUGCGUAUCUAUGAAGACCGCUUUGGUACGACACUGGAUGACCUCUCGGACCGACAAGAUAGAAAGCAAAGCCAUGGCGAAAGCGAGAACAGGGUGGCCGAAGAAAAGCUUAAGGAUCUUGAGAUUGCAAAUGCACAGCUCUUCAAGGAUAAAAACAAGAUCUGCCGGGGAUGGAAGCUGGAUCUGAAGACGUACGGGGUGCUCUCGGAGAAAAACCGUAAGGCAGCGGAAAAGACGAGGGCAAAACGGCACGCCGAACACGCAGCUCAGAUCAGGUUUCUCAACAAGCAAAACUCCAACGAUCAACAGACCAGAGAUAAGAGGAUCCAGGAUCUUGAGAGCGAGGUGACCGAAACGAAAAGAAAGCUCCGCGCCGAACACGCAGUUCAGAUCAAGUCGCUCAACGACCAGCACUUCAACGACCGUGUCAUGGACCAAGCGACAUAUCAGAAAGCGCUCAAGCAGGACCAAAAAGAGCUCAAAGAGUGUCACCGAAACUUGAAGAACCAGGAGAGCUCCAUGAACAUGUGGAAAGGGCGCACGAACGAUAUGUACAUUGCUUACCGCGAGGUUUACGACAAGAACGAGAGGCUUGUCAAGAAGUUGGAGGCGGUAAUGACAGCUGGUUCGUUCGAUUCCCAGAUGAGUGCGAAGAAUCGCAAGACCCUUGAGAAGCUCAAGAGCUGUCGGCUGGAUGAACUUUCUGCUUUUCAUGAAGACUGA